UUGGCAACAUUGAUUUAUCUCGUCCAGUCUUCUUGAUAGCGCCCCAUCGUGGCAAGGGCCCGCAACCUCGGUUAUCAAAAUGCGAUUGUCAUUUGUUUAGUCACGAAGGUGGUUACGAUAAAAUUGUCUGGCUUUGUUUGCAAUAAAAUUUUAAAAGAAUGAACCAGUUCUAUUCUUUCAAAUCAACAUAUAACCAUUAAAAUGAUGAAGAAAAGUUUUUAGUUCAGAAGUUUCAAUUGAAAACCUUGCAGCUGUGUUAAAGAAUGAAUGUUUGAUCGACAGAUUCCUAGCAACAAUUAUUAGGUACAUUUCUUCUUUAGGUAAAUAUAAAAAUGGCACAUGUUACUAGAAAUUCUCGGAGUGGGCCAAGAACUCAGGGAAAUCCCCACGGGUUAAGGCCCAUUGAACUAGAUCAGAUCUGGGAUGACCUGAAAUCAGGAGUUAAAAGUAUAUAUCGCCGACAAAGCAUGUCAAGGCAACGCUACAUGGAACUUUAUACACAUGUCUAUAACUACUGUACCAGUGUUCAUAGUGUGGCUAACCAGAAUCAACAAGGCACAGCAGCUGCAUCCUCAUCAUCUCAGCGUAACCCAGCUUCUCUCACUAGAAAUCGAUCUCAAGGUGGCGGUGCCCAGUUUGUAGGUCAUGAACUAUAUAAAAGGAUUAAAGAUCUGCUACGUCAAUAUUUAAUUAACUUGCUUAAGGAUGGCCAAGAUUUAUUAGAUGAGCAAGUACUUCAGUUUUAUACCCGCCAGUGGGAGGACUAUCAGUUCUCAAGCAAAGUAUUAGAUGGAAUAUGUGCUUAUUUAAACAGACAUUGGGUGCGCAGAGAGUGUGAUGAAGGUUCCAGAGGCAUAUAUUUUAUCUAUUCACUUGCGUUAAUAACAUGGCGUGACAAUCUGUUUCGACCCCUGAACAAGCAAGUGACAAAUGCUGUUCUGAAACUGAUUGAAAGAGAGAGAAAUGGAGAGCCUAUCAACACACGACUUGUCAGUGGAGUAAUAAGCUGUUAUGUGGAGUUAGGCUUGAACAAAGAUGAACCAAGUUCCAGAGGACCUACUUUGUCAGUCUAUAAGGAAAAUUUUGAAAACUUGUUUCUAGACGACACUGAAAGGUUCUAUACCACAGAAAGCAACGAAUUUCUGAGGCACAAUCCAGUCACUGAGUAUAUGAAAAAGGCGGAAAUGAGGCUUAUGGAGGAGCAAAAACGUGUACAAACAUAUUUACACGAGAGCACAUUUGAUGCUCUAGCACGUGUCUGUGAAAAAGUUUUAAUUCAGAAACAUUUAGAAAAUUUUCAUUUUGAAUUCCAAAAUCUUCUCAACGCAGACAAGGAUGAAGAUUUAGGCAGAAUGUAUCAACUAGUGUCCAGGAUUCAAGAUGGCCUACAUGAACUUAAGUCACUAUUAGAGAAACACAUUUUAAAUCAAGGUGCAUCAGCUCUGGAGAAAUGUGGCGAGGCUGCUGUUAAUGAUCCCAAGGUGUAUGUUCAGACAAUAUUAAAUGUUCACAAGAAGUAUCAUGCUUUGGUUAUGACAGCCUUUGCUAAUGAUACUGGAUUUGUAGCCGCCCUUGAUAAGGCCUGUGGGCAGUUCAUCAACUCUAAUUAUGUGACGAAACAAGCCAACAAUUCUAGCAAGUCUCCGGAACUGUUAGCUCGAUAUUGUGAUUUGUUAUUGAAGAAAAGCUCUAAAAAUCCAGAGGAGGCUGAGUUGGAGGAUACAUUGAACCAAGUUAUGGUUGUUUUCAAAUACAUUGAAGAUAAAGAUGUAUUCCAAAAGUUCUACAGUAAAAUGCUGGCAAAGAGACUAGUUGGUCAUAUGUCUGCCUCGGAUGAUGCUGAAGCAAGCAUGAUUUCUAAACUUAAGCAAGCCUGCGGGUUUGAAUACACAUCUAAACUGCAGAGAAUGUUUCAAGACAUUGGAGUUAGUAAAGAUCUCAAUGAAAAUUUUCGUAAACACCUUGAAUCUUCGACAGAACCUCUGGAUAUUGACUUUAGCAUUCAGGUGCUAAGUUCAGGAUCAUGGCCUUUUCAACAAUCUUGUGCUUUCACUUUACCUGUUGAGCUGGAAAGAAGUUAUCAAAGAUUUACUGCAUUCUAUGGUAGUCGGCACAGUGGUCGCAAGUUAAACUGGUUAUAUCAGAUGUCAAAAGGUGAAGUGGUCACCAAUUGUUUCAAGAACAGAUAUACAUUGCAGGCCUCAACAUUUCAAAUGGCAGUUUUGUUGCUCUACAACUCUACCGACACGUACACUGUACAACAACUUCAAGAAACUACCCUGAUUAAAAUGGAUAUCUUGUUACAAGUUCUUCAGAUUCUCCUCAAGUCUAAACUGCUAGUAGCUGAUGAUAAUACAAAUGAAGCAGAUAUCAAGCCAGAGACACAACUCUCUCUCUUCCUGGGUUACAAAAAUAAAAAACUGCGAGUCAACAUAAAUGUGCCCAUGAAGACUGAAGUGAAAGCUGAGCAAGAGUCCACACAUAAAAACAUUGAAGAGGACCGCAAGCUCUUAAUACAGGCAGCUAUUGUCAGAAUAAUGAAGAUGAGGAAAACCUUGAAGCAUCAGCAGUUAUUAAUUGAGGUCCUGAACCAGCUUUCAUCUCGUUUUAAGCCAAGAGUACCUGUCAUUAAGAAAUGUAUAGAUAUUUUAAUAGAAAAAGAAUACCUGGCAAGAGUGGACGGACAGAAGGACACUUAUAGCUACUUAGCGUGAUCACUUGGCAAUGUGUGCUGUUUUCUCCCAGAACUAGGAUACUUAGAAAUGUUACUUUCUUCUGAAUGGCAUUGUAUGUGGUUCAAGCAGUGGUUCUCACACUGCACAUGUCUUGUACUGUAGAUUGUAAUCCAACAGUCUUAUAGUCCCCUGCUGACACAUGCCCACAUGUUUGUGUGCAUAUGUCCUAAUCAUGUUAUGUUUUCAGAAUUUAAAAAAAAAAAAAAUUUAUCAUACAUUUUUAAAAAAUUGGUUAUGGUUUAUGGGCCAGUUUUUUUUUUUUUUUUUAUUUGGCAUAGUUGAAGUUGGAUUCCAUUACAAUAACAUUUGUCAGUGUAUGAUAGUUAAUAUUAUAGGCAAUGCAAUAGCUUGAACAGAUUUUAAGCGUUGUUUAAAUAGCAUUCUUAAUCUCAAGUGUUUAAACGUUGAAGACUGUUUAUUAAACACUCUGGUUGUUGGCUGUCCUCUUAAUACACUGCCGAACAAUGUAUUGUAUAAGUGUAUAAAGAGAUGUCAGACUUCUUCUGUGUUGUGUGCCACUGCCCCUUUGGAUUGUUGUGCUUGGAACGCGUGUCAAUAUGUAUUAUAAUAAUACCAGGUAUGAAACCAUGUGUUAUGUCAAUUCUGUGUCACUGUCUGAAGUUUGUGUGUUCUGCCAUAUAUUAUAUCUCAAGUCUCUCACACCAUACAAUUGUUUAGAACUAAACCUGUGAUGUUAUGUUGACAAAUAUUUUUUGCAUUGCAUUCAAUAGUUUGUGACAAGGUAUUCCCCCCCACCUUGUAGCCACCUCUGUAAUCAGGGAAUAGAUAUCAUACAGAAUAUUGCAACUUUUUUCAGAUUGAGGCUAUACCUUUCUUUUUAAAAAAUAAUCAAGAGUGUAGCAAUAAACAAAAUCAUUCCAAUAGAGCUUCUUGACUAAACAUAAAUGUUUUUACUUUGUCAAUGAAUACUUUUCUCUAGUGACUAAACUAUGUUCUGUAUGAAUUCUAUUGUGCACCAUUUUUCAACUUGUAAUUGCUUACCACUUGUUUUGUGUAUGUGAUGGUAACAUCCGUGAGCAGUUACACUAGGUCCAAGGAUCUCUUCAACUCGUAUUUAUUGUAGCAUAUGGAUUGUGGGAAUGGUCCUUUAGAUUUUCUCUGGACGUAUGGGGCAUUGUGUCAUUGAUUGUUGAGUUGUUCUAUUAUGGUGGCGUUAUAGUGAGAGUUGAGUUGCCUCACAUUCCUUGGACUGGCACAAGAGAUUACCUUGAUAUAUUAAAAAAAAAUAUCAGUGCGGAAAAAAUUGAGUUUGCUUGGGGGAGAAAAAAAAACACUUAUUACAACGAUGUGUGGACUUACUUCCAAUUGUAUUAUACUAGCUUAAUGUUUUAGCCUUGUGUGGUUUUCUCUAUUUAUUUCAAGUUCAAGUAACCUUUAGUUGGCAGGCCUGAAACAUGGCGUCACUGCAGUGAUAUUCUUGGUGAUUUUUUGCUGGUUUUACUUUAAAAGGAACAGUUGUAUUUAAGAUUAACUUGUCCAGAUUUUAAAUUCUACAUUGAUGGAUCAUUUGUCAAAAGCUUGUUGAUACUUUUUUUUUUUUCCCAAGGGUGUUAGAAUAAUUGUUCUAGGCUAGAUUUUAAUUUGUAUUCAAGUUUUAUAUUGAGUUAAAAUACUUUGUUCAAAUGUUAUGUUGAUUAUUAAGAAUAUAAUUUAAUAACAAUAAUAAAUUGUGUUGGAAUGACUUGGCAAUGCAUGUGUGGUUCACCCUAAGACGAGUUUCUCAGCCUGGGCUGGGUUUUUAUUUCUAGGUACUCCUUUCCUUAUGAUGAUAGAUAUCUACAAAUAAUUACCAUUUCUUAACGAGUGUGCUAAAUGAUGCUGUAAAACUGCACAGCCAGUAAAAGCAUUUUUUUUCCUCCUCAAAAGGUUAUUCUAGCUGUUAAACCUAAAAUCAUGUUGUUGAGAAAAGUUUAUUAACAUUUGUUUUCAUUCUCAUACUCUUGUUUGUUUCACAACUAUGUUCACGUGUUGCUCUUGGUUUAAUCAAUUCUAUAUUUCUAGGUUUUAAUAACUUAACAAAAGGUUUGUCUAUUUCAUCUCAAUAGCCUAUUGAUUUCUUACUGUUUGCUGCAGGUUGUAUUUAUGUAGUAAAAUAUUUCUUACACUGGGCUCCUACCAACACACGUGUGCCAUACAUGUGUUAAUUAAUGUCUUGUGUUUUAUUCCUUGGAGAACUAAUGCUGGUUUGGAGUACAAGUGAUCUGUAUUAAAUCACAUUUGUUUUUAAACGUGGUGUAGUGAUGUGUCUGCAGUGAAAGCUGUGUUUGUGGUGAGACUCUUGUUAGAAAUGCCCCCUUUGCCUUUUUAAUUAUCACUUGGAAAGAUCUCAGUCUGUUAGGUGCUACAUGGUGAACAGUGUUGGCCUUAAACAUGCUGAUCCAUAGAAAGAGCGCCAUUCAUUGAAACAAAAUUUCAGAGCUGGGUUUUGGCAAUUAUAGUCUGUUCUUGAAUUAGAUUGACUCGUACUAUAGUUGUAUUUAUAAAAGUGAAAUGCAUUGUUCAUAUUUUGUAAAUUAAAUUUUUGGCUUGGUAAGUAAAUCUGUUUAGUCUCAUGAAGUCAUCAUUUAAUGGUGUUAAUAAUUACAAUGAUUUCAUUCAAAACUGUUUUGUUUAAUUUGUUUUUAUAUCAAUUAUAAACUUUAUUUCUAUGAAUACAUUUAUAUCUUUGAAGGAGUACAUUAAAAUGCUAUCAAUUUAUUUGAACUUA